GGCAAGUCCCCCCAAUCCGCCGACAGCUGAGGCCAGGUCCAAAAGAAACCUCCACAAACACAACGGUUCUCCGCCAGAUGCAGUGCACCGAGUUUUGGGGCCCUGUGAAUCCUGCGUGGGACUGGGAUUCCGAAUCCGCCCAACUGCGGGUCCGUCCAUCGGCAUCCGCAUCCGCAGCCGCAUUCCACCGAGCGCAGCAUCCGCAUUCGAAUCCGCGGACCCAAAAGAACGUCUGUCCACGAUGAGCACCAGCGAAGGCAGUGGCCCCAUCGGUGGGAAUCUCAAUCGGAAUCGAAAUGGCAAUGGCAAUGGCAAUGGAACGCUCAGCCUGAUGCAGGACAUACAAAACAAGUACGCCUUCCUCGAGGAUCUAUUUAGCAAGUUCUGGAAGUCCAUCAUCACGUCGAACUCCAAACUGAAGCUGCAGCUGCGUAAUGUCAAGUGGAAGAAUGCCAAGGCCAAGAACGGCUGUGCCUAUCAGCCAACGGAGAUUGAGCAGGUGGCCAAUGUGAUUACCCACGGGAUUUGGAUACUGCCGGCCGUGUUUGCGGCCAUAAAGCUCUUCGAACGCUCAUCCAGUUCCAGCCAGUAUUUGGUGUCCUGGGUGUACGGCGGCGCACUUUGCAUGCUCUUCACGGUGUCGACCUUCUUUCACUGCUCCUGCUACUGCGCCGAACACAAACCCCCAAGGAAUGUGAAGGCGUGGCCAAGUUUGGGCUGGCAGACGUACCAGGGACUAAAGAACGUGCUGCAUCGAUGCGACCGGGCCAUGAUAUACGUCUUCAUCGCCGGAUCCUAUUUCCCGUGGCUCACCCUGGAGAACACCGACCACUCGGCCAUUCUCUUCUGCAUGGAGUGGGUCAUCUGGCUGAUGGCGGGCAUUGGAAUUGCCUACCAGCAGCUCUUUCACGAACGCUACAAGUGCCUGGAGACGUUCUUUUACCUGGUGAUGGGCCUUGGUCCGGCUUUGGUGGUGGUGUUCACUGGCCACCACUUCCACGGAAUGCUGCAGUUAAAGUUCGGCGGCGCCUUCUACAUCCUGGGCAUUGUGUUCUUCAAGGCGGACGGAAUGAUACCGAUGGCCCAUGCCAUCUGGCACCUGUUUGUGGUGCUGGCCGCCGGAUGUCACUACUACGCCAUCCUGGUGAACCUUUACCCGGGCGAUGGAGUCAUCAAACCGUGAGCAAUGCGACGGAGCAGCAGUUGGGGAACACAGCGAAUUUAGACCUUAGUACUUAGUACUUAACAACAGGGAUUCGAUUUUGUCAGCCAUGUGUUAUCAUAUUUACCUAUGUACAUGAUGUACCCGAGUCUCUGCUCCACAAUUAGCCAAAUUUAUCUGAGCGAAUACGAGUAGUUGUAGCCAUUAGCAUUACGGACUAACUAAAUCGAAACGAUUCUUGUGAUUCUUGUAUCUGCGGUCUUGCCAAAGAUUCAAAUUGUGCGAGUGCUCAUGUCUCUCUCUCUCUCUCUAUCUAUCUCUAUCUCUAUCUAUCUAACUUGAUAUUAUUAUGUAAUAUAAUAUUGUGUAGACCUUUACAUUGACCAUGUUCCAGCUCACGUUUUGGGCAUGUGUUUCUCAAAAGACUUUGAAUUGUACUCAAAAGGCGAACAACACGAAACGAAAGUGAAAUUGUACAAAGCUCCGAAAAUUUACAACAUGAAACUCCUCGCCCACCCCGCGCCUUUUGAAAACUAGGAGCCCGCCUAGCCUGCAUUACAUUAUGCAUGUUUAUACAGAUGUACUAUAUUUACUACACAUAUAUACCAUAUAUACCAUAUACAGACCAUAUACAGACCUAGCUAGAAUUAAGGAGGCGUGCGAUCCGCGAGCCCAGCCCAUUUGGCAAGUUUCAUCGCUUAGCUCAGGGACUACUCGAUGUGUUCGCAGAUACUGAAAAAGGUGAUCAUUAUAUACGCUCGAUAUUUUGGGGCCUGGCUCGCGAUCGCCGGAUAUUGCUUUCGUGUAUUCGUUUUUGGUGUCUGCCGUGGUUAUUUCGGUGCAGCUCGAUUAGUUUUAACGCAGAGUUCUAGGCACGUCCCAUAGAACUCCAUAGAUGAUGCUUGAAUAAAUGGUUUAUUUCAAAAUGAAA